AUGGCGUCCUCCCCGACUCCCGUGCUUCUCGUCACAGCCGGUAGCGCAGGCCUGGGCGCCGCGACCGCCCGUCUGUUCGCACAGCACGGAUACCACGUAGUGGUCAACUACGCCACGAACUCCCAGCGCGCCGAGGCUCUGUGCGCCGGGCUCGGCAGCGGUGGCCACGUCGCGAUCCAGGCGGACCUGGGCUCGCGGAACGACGUCGAGCGCCUCGUGCGCGAGGCCCACGCGCAGAUGGGUCGCCUGGACGUCGUCUUCUCCAACGGUGGCUGGACGCGCUUCAGCGUCACGACGUCGCUCGACGACAAUGCCGUCGAGGCGGACUGGGACCGCGCCUUUGCCAUGAACGUCAAGUCACACCUCUGGCUGAUGCAGGCGGCGCGGCCGCACCUUGAGGAGACGGAGGGGGCAUUCAUCACGACCUCUUCUAUUGCGGGCGUACAGGGUAUGGGGAGCUCGUUGCGUGUUGUCAUUCAGGCUUAUUCAGCUACGAAGGCUGCACAGCUACACAUGAUCAGGGGCCUCGCCACCAUGGUUGCGCCCAAGAUCCGGGUGAAUAGCGUGUCGCCUGGGCUGCUUCAAACGGAAUGGGCAGAGCGGUUUAGUGAAGAGCAGAAGGAAACCCACAGGCAAAAAACUAAGUUGAAGAGGUUUGUCGCGGUUGAGCGGUGUGUUAACUUAUUGGCACCCCCUCAGGAUGUUGCCGCCCAGGUUCUUAGUCUGGCGACGUCAAAGAGUAUGACUGGGGCAAACAUAAUCAUUGAUGCUGGAUAUACGCUAUAG